GAUUUGCGUCAGUCCGUCAGUGGUGGUGUCAGUGGUCAAGCGGCGUCAGCUGCUGUUUGUAUACAUGCGGCGAAUCUUUUAUUUGCUUUAAUUAAAAUAAGUGAUAUCGCUGGCGAUAAAAUUAUGUAUUACUCACAUAAUUGUUACUAAAAAAGCGUUGGACGACCAGUAGCGUUCGAACUUCGGCCGCGAUAAUAACAACACUACAGUAAUCAUGCCAUCAAUGGAAUUAAUCGUCACGUUAACAUUGUUCGCGUUCACUUUCGGCCAAACAAGUGCGCAAAUCUUCUCGUAUCAACCAGAACAAGUACACAUUAGUUUUGGUAAAAAUGUGAGCGAAGUUGUCGUUACCUGGUCGACGUUUAAUGACACUCAGGAAUCUUUGGUGGAGUAUGGCAUUGGAGGGAUGAUUUUGCAAGAGAAAGGUGCUUCAAAGGUGUUCAUUGAUGGUGGUUCUGCAAGUCACACACAGUAUAUUCAUACUGUUACAUUGAAGAAUCUAAGUCCAAAUAGCAAAUAUGUUUAUCAUUGUGGAAGCAAUAUGGGUUGGUCUGCUGAGUUCUGGUUUAACACAGUGCCUACAGAUGAAAAUUGGUCGCCUAGUUUAGCGAUUUACGGCGAUAUGGGCAAUGAAAAUGCCCAAAGUUUAGGCAGACUUCAAGAGGAAACUCAAAGAGGCCUUUAUGACGCUAUUCUGCACGUUGGAGACUUUGCCUAUGACAUGAACACUAAUAAUGCUGAAGUUGGAGAUCAAUUUAUGAGACAAAUUGAAUCUGUGGCUGCCUAUGUUCCUUAUAUGACAUGUCCUGGUAAUCAUGAAGAAAAAUAUAAUUUCAGUAACUACGCCGCAAGAUUCUCUAUGCCAUUGGGAAACGAUAUUCCAUACUUCAGUUUUAAUCUAGGCCCGCUGCACAUAAUCAGCAUUUCAACAGAGUUGUAUUAUUUUAUGAAUUACGGUAUGAAAGCGCUGGUCAAUCAAUAUGAGUGGCUUGUAAAUGACUUAAAAGAAGCCACACUACCAGAAAAUCGCAUCAAACGCCCAUGGAUAAUCAUCAUGGGCCACAGACCGAUGUAUUGCAGCGAUGACGACAGUGACGACUGCCGCCAUUUUGAAACACUCACACGAGUGGGUCUCCCAUUCCUGCAUUUCUUCGGUAUUGAACCGUUGAUGUAUGACUACGGCGUAGAUCUCGCCAUCUGGGCUCAUGAACAUUCAUACGAACGCCUGUGGCCGUUGUAUGAUUACAAAGUUUACAAUGGCAGCUAUGAAGCACCAUACGUAAACCCAAAAGCGCCGGUGCACAUUAUCACUGGCUCGGCCGGGUGCAAAGAAGGCACUGAUACGUUUGUCAAGCCGCAACCCAAUUGGUCAGCGUUCGUGACCAGUGAUUACGGCUACACUCGCAUGAAAGCGUUCAAUAAAACUCAUCUGUAUUUGGAGCAAGUUUCGGAUGAUAAGCAAGGCGCCAUCGUUGAUACGUUCUGGAUCGUUAAGGAUUUACAUGUUCCUUAUAAAGACUUGAAGUAAACAUUUUAAAUGCUAGGAAAUAUUAGCAAUAAGAAUAACAGCGCUAAGCUAAACAAAAGUUGCUGCACCAUGACACCAAAAAACCACGAGUUAUCAAUAGUUCCAGCCUCGAACAAUUUUAUCUCUACGACUAAUAAUUGUAAUUUUGUGUGAAAUUGUUUGUGUUAUAUAAAUGUUGAAAAACUUAUCUGCUUGUUUAUAAUGUGAUACGGGCAAAACAUGUUUAAUACUCACAUUAAACUAUUUAUAACCAUAAGCGAAUAAAUCUUUGUUCAGUUUGAACAUUACACAAUA